GCGGGUCACGCAGACCGCGCAGCCAGAAGCGGCGGUGGCUGUGGCCCGGGGGCUGCGCGCUGGAGCCGGCUGCGGGCUCUGGCUAAGCGAAGCGCCGCGCAGUGCUGAGCUCGCCGCCCGCCGCGGAGCCAUGGAGAUUGGCACCGAGAUCAGCCGCAAGAUCCGGAGUGCCAUUAAGGGGAAAUUGCAAGAAUUAGGAGCUUAUGUUGAUGAAGAACUUCCUGAUUACAUUAUGGUGAUGGUGGCCAACAAGAAAAGUCAGGACCAAAUGACAGAGGACCUGUCCCUGUUUCUAGGGAACAACACAAUUCGAUUCACCGUAUGGCUUCAUGGUGUAUUAGAUAAACUUCGUUCUGUUACAACAGACCCCUCUAGUCUAAAGUCUUCUGAUACCAACAUAUUCGAUAGUAACGUGCCUUCCAACAGGAGCAGCUUCAGUAGGGGCGAUGAGAGAAGGCACGAAGCUGCAGUGCCACCCCUUGCAGUUUCUAGCACCAGACCUGAGAAAAGAGAUUCCAGAGUUUCUUCAGGUUCACAGGAGCAGAAAGCCACUAAUGUCAGGCAGAGUUAUGAUGAUGGAGCUGCAACCCGAUUAAUGUCAACAGUGAAACCUCUGAGGGAGCCAGCACCCUCUGAAGAUGUGAUUGAUAUUAAGCCGGAACCAGACGACCUCAUUGAUGAAGACCUCAAUUUUGUGCAGGAGAAUCCCUUAUCUCAGAAAAAACCCACAGUGACACUCACAUAUGGCUCUUCUCGCCCUUCUAUUGAAAUUUAUCGACCACCUGCAAGUCGAACUGCAGAUGGUGGUGUUCAUUUAAACAGGUUGCAGUUUCAACAGCAGCAAAACAGUAUUCAUGCUGCCAAGCAGCUCGAUAUACAGAACAGCCGGGUAUAUGAAACAGGACGUUUGUGUGAGACAGAAGUGCUUAACAGCUUAGAAGAGACUUACAGUCCUUUUUUCAGAAACAACGCAGAAAAAAUGAGUAUUGAGGAAGAAAACUUUCGGAAGAGAAAGUUGCCUGUGGUAAGUUCAGUUGUUAAAGUAAAAAAGUUUAAUCACGAUGGAGAAGAGGAGGAGGAAGAUGAUGAUUGUGGGUCCCGCACAGGAAGCAUCUCCAGCAGUGUGUCAGUGCCUGCAAAGCCCGAAAGGAGACCCUCACUUCCUCCUUCUAAACAAGCUAAUAAGAAUCUAAUUUUGAAGGCUAUAUCUGAAGCUCAAGAAUCUGUAACAAAAACAACUAACUAUUCUACAGUCUCGCAGAAACAGACACUUCCAGUUGCUCCCAGAACUCGAACUUCUCAAGAAGAAUUGCUGGCAGAAAUGGUCCAGGGGCAAAGCAGGACCUCUAGAAUAAGUCCUCCCAUUAAAGAAGAUGAAGCAAAAGGAGAUAAUGUAGAGAAAGGUCAAGGUACCUUUCUACUAAAGCAACUGUUCUCUUUUGCUCAUCUGACUGGUUGCUCUCUAGGUCUGCCUCAAGGAUAUACCCGGAUAUAUUUUCCUCUGGAUUUCCUGGGUCCCACUUUGUCUUCUCAGUAUAUUCUAUUUUGUCACUACAUCGUGAAGAAACUUAAAAAGAAAAUAUCAACUGAUAUCAAUGAAAUUAAAGAAAUGAAAACAGCAAUGUUGACAGCGGAAGCAAAUCUUUUUGAUCUAAAAGUUAGAGUGUCACAGAAUGAAGCAAAAAUUUCAUCUUUGGAGGUUAAAAUGAAUGAAUAUUCAACAUCAACAGCUGAAUGCGACAGAGAGUUCAAAGGUCUUCAAGAGGAAGUAGAUUUUGAGUCACAGUCAAGGACUACUGAUGUAAAAAUAAUUGGCUUCCUUAGCAACAUUGAGAAAGGAACUCAGCAGAGGCCGUUACUGUCCCGGCUGCAAAUUGAUCCAGUCAUGGCAGAAACUCUGCAGAUCAGUCCAGAUUACUAUGACAUGGAAUCCCUGGUCUAUGCAGACACAAGAUCAUUUAUUCUGAAGAAGCCAAAGCUGUCUGAGGAAAUAGUAGUGGCAUCAAACCAAGAGUCGGGGAUGAAGACCGCAGAUACCCUUCGGGUACUUUCAGGACACCUUAUGCAGACACGAGAUCUUGUACAACCAGAUAAACCUGCAAGUCCCAAGUUUAUAGUGACGCUGGAUGGUGUUCCCAGCCCCCCAGGAUACAUGUCAGAUCAAGAGGAGGACAUGUGCUUUGAAGGAAUGAAACCUGUAAACCAAACUGCAGCCUCAAACCAGGGACUCAGAGGUCUCCUCCACCCACAGCAGUUGCAGUUGAUGAGCAGGCAGCUUGAUGACCCCAAUGGUAGCUUUGCACACGCUGAGAUGAGUGAACUGAAUGUGGCACAGAAGCCAGAAAAACUUUUGGAGCGCUGCAAGUACUGGCCUGCCUGCAAAAACGGGGAUGAAUGUGCUUACCACCACCCGAUUUCACCUUGCAAGGCUUUCCCCAAUUGUAAAUUUGCUGAAAAAUGUUUGUUUGUCCAUCCAAAUUGUAAAUAUGAUGCAAAAUGUACUAAGCCAGAUUGUCCCUUCACUCAUAUGAAUAGAAGAAUUCCAAUACUGCCUCCAAAACCAGCAGUUAUAACAGCAACACCAUCUUCUAGUAGUCAGCUCUGCCGUUACUUCCCUGCUUGUAAGAAAAUGGAAUGUCCCUUCUUUCAUCCAAAACACUGUAGAUUUAACACUCAGUGUACAAGACCUGACUGCACGUUUUAUCAUCCCACCAUUACUGUGCCGCCACGACAUGCCUUGAAAUGGAUUCGGCCUCAAACCAGUGAAUGACACCCAGUCCUACCUGGCAGAAGAUCGUGAAGUUUGAAAGUUUCCAUCUACUGAUGAAAAAGAUUCUGUAGAACUUGUCAAAUCUUUGAAACUUGGAAUAUAUUGCUUUCAUAAUAUGAAGUUAUUGCCUAUCUGAAGUACCUAAUUUUUCAAGUUUGUAAGUUUAUUAUGUGGUUUUAACAUUGGGUGUUUUGUUGUUGUUUGCCUUGUUUUGACUAUGGAAAGACAGUUUAAGGAAAAACUGAAUUCUAUUAAAACACCUGGUGUGUUUGUACACUGCUGUUUUGAGUAUCAGCAUGUACAACAUGGUGAUAUUGUCAGUACAGAUAAUCCAGUUUGGGGCUACAUGUUGCUGUGAGUGUCUGCGUGUGUGCGCGCGAGCGUGUGUAUACAAAGAAAUAUAGUGAGGGGAACAUCCUUAUUCCAAAAGUUGGAUUGCUACUUUCAUUUUUUCCAGGGAUUAUAUAAUGUUCAUGAUCCACUAAAAAAGUGUUGAGGUAGUUUAAAUAGUCCAUCCUACUUUUUAAUUUUAAGUGAUUAAGUUUGGCUUCUUAGGUUGCGUGCUGGUUUGGUAAAUGGUUCCCAAAUAGCUAGUCUUUGCCUUCUGGGUAAGGAUGAGUGAGGUGGGCAUGUAGAGUGAAAACAGCUGGAAUGCCAGCGGCAAAAAGAAAAAGAACAAUUACUUAAAAUGUUUUCAUUUACUGUUAACAUAUACUUUUAAAAUAAAUAUUUUGGAGAACUACAUUAUCACAAAAUUAUACAAAAGUUUUUACAAGUAUAUAUACAUAGGUAUCAGAGAACAGACUUGAAAUUCACAAGAUUAUAUAGCUAUACAUAUACAUUCUCCCAUUCUGAAAAACAUUCUCAGAAAUAAUUCCAGAAAAAAUAGUUACUGAAGAUAAUUUUUUAAAUGUAAAAAUUAGAUUUCAAUAGUAUAUUUUAAAUGGCAGACUAUAUAAUUACAGAGAUCAGAUGGAUAAAUUGCAAAGUAGGACUAAACUUUUUGACUACUGAAUUAAAAUACAGUUAUGUGUUUGUGGUUUUUAAAAUUGUUAAGGCAAGAAGUGUCAAAAACUUUAGAAUUAAACGGAUCACUGAUUUUAAA